GGGUAGCCGGAAAACUGAAGCUCCACGGAAAUGGGCCCAAGAACACGACACGACCAGUCGAUUAUGCGCAGGUGCACGAAUCCAAGCUCUCCGGAUGCCUAUAUAUAAUGUCCUCACUCCGCACCGUGCAUCACCACCACACACCGCAAUCGCUGCAGAUAAGCGCGGUCCGAGGAUGGCUCCACCGGUACCCGCCGAGAACGGGAUGGCUCGCAAGGACGCCCUGGCGCCGGCGAUCUCCGUCGUCUCGAAGCAGACGGUUCGGCCGGCCGCCGGCGCCUCGGCGGUCGGGGACCUCAGGCUCUCGGUCUCGGACAUGCCCAUGCUGUCGUGCCACUACAUCCAGAAGGGGCUCUUCUUCCCGCCUCCCGGCGUGGCGAUGGGCCCGCUGGUGUCGUCGCUCGCGGCGGCGCUCUCCCGCGCGCUCGGCGUCUUCCCUGCCCUCGCCGGCCGGCUCGUCACGCUCGACGACGGCAGCAUCGUGAUCCGGUGCGGCGGCGACGGCGCGGCCGUCGAGUUCUGCCACGCGGUCGCGCCGGCUCUGUCGCUCGGCGACUUCCUCGUGCCAGGCGCCGACGUGCCCACCAGGCUCACGAACGCCCUGUUCCCCAUGGACCGGACGGUGAGCUACGGCAGCCACGCCCGCCCGCUCACGUCGUUCCAGCUCACCGUGCUCCGCGACGGCGCCGUGUUCGUCGGCUUCGUCGCCAACCACGCCAUCGUGGACGGCACCUCCUUCUGGCACUUCUUCAACACGUGGGCGGGGCUGUGCCGCGGCGCGCCGGUCCGCGAGCCGGACUUCCGCCGCAACUUCUUUGGCGAGUCCACCGCCGUCCUGCGCUUCCCCGGCGGCGGGGGCCCGGCCGUGACGUUCGACGCCGAUGCGCCCCUCCGCGAGCGGAUCCUCCACUUCAGUGCCGCCGCGAUCCGCGAGCUGAAGGCGACGGCCAACCGCUGGAAAGGAACAGGUCAAGACUCCGAGGUUAACGGCAAGGCCACGCAUGACUCCAAGGUUCAGGGUGGCCGCGGCCAAAUCUCGUCGUUCCAGUCGUUGUGCGCGCACAUAUGGAGGGCGGUGACGCGCGCGCGCCGGCUGUUGGCUGCCGACAAGAUGACGACGUUCCGCAUGGCCGUGAACUGCCGCCACCGUCUGCACCCGCCGAUCUCCCCGCUCUACUUCGGCAACGCCAUCCAGAGCGUGGCCACGACGGCGACCGUGGCCGAGCUGGCGUCCAACGACCUGGGCUGGGCGGCGGCCAAGCUGCACGCCACCGUGGCGGCGCACGAGGACGGCGCGAUCCGGCGCGCCGCGGCGGAGUGGGAGGCCGCGCCGCGGUGCUUCCCGCUGGGCAACCCCGACGGCGCGGCGCUCACGAUGGGGAGCUCGCCCCGGUUCCCCAUGUACGACGGGAACGACUUCGGGUGGGGCCGCGCGCUCGCCGUACGGAGCGGCCGCGCGAACAAAUUCGACGGCAAGAUGUCGGCGUUCCCGGGCCAGGCUGGGGAUGGAAGCGUCGACGUGGAGGUGUGCCUCGCGCCGGACACCAUGGCUUGCCUCCUCCGCGACGAGGCGUUCUUGCAGUUUGUGUCCACCCCUGCACCGUGACAGAGUGAAAAACAUCUGAUGGGCGGCGGCAUUUUGCCGCGCAUGCCACCGUUCCUGGAUGGCUGGAUUUGUACGCUUGCAGAAGAUAGUGCUUGCUACUAUUUUUUAAGGAUUGGGAGUGGCCAUGUGUUCAUAUAUAGAUGAUUUGCUGCUGGUUCCUUCAUGAUGCCGUUGUAGGCUAGUGGUUAUGACUUGUGAAUAUGUAAAUCUAUAUCGCUCGAAGAAAGGGAGCCCAUCCGGCGCUCGGCGCGUCCUUGCUGCACACCUGUUCUCCAUGCGUCGCUGGCAGCCAUCCGUACUUCGCGUUGGUCGUACGCGAUGCGAGGAACAUGCCGCGGGAGUCCUCCUUGUCCGGUGAGCUAAUCGUGUUUGCCUGGUUCAUCUUUUUGCGCCCUCUCCCUCCCUUCUCUCUCUCCCUCUUCCUUCCCCCACCACGCCGCCACUCUUCCGCCACCGGCUUGCCCUCCUCGAGCUCCACCCCGUGGCGCGGACCACGAAGCUCGUGGCGGAGGUCGAGGACGCGGCGCGACCCCCUCCUCCUGCCCAGCAGCGCGCGGAGGGAGCAGCUGCGGCCCGCCUCGGUUCAUCCGCCUCGCCGGCCGGCAGCUCCUCUCCCGCGGCGGUCCAGCCUGGAGGCGAGGCGGCGGCAGCAUCAGGCCCGCGGCAAGGAGGAGCGGGGCGCGAAGGAGGAGCAGCAGCGGUGGUCUGUGCCUGCUCCUCCCGUGUCCAUGGUCGGGGCGGCCGGCGUAGGCGAGCGGCGUGCAGGGGAUGGCUCGGCUUGCUACUUCUCCGCCGUUGCGUCCAUGGCUGGCAGCGGUGCGGGCGGAUCUCUAUCCAAAUCAGACGCAAUUACUCCUAUGGCGCUAGCAGGCAGCAGCUGGCUCUGUUCGGCCGGACGGACGCGGAGAAGAGAGAGGUAGGUCGUGCAAAAGGCGGAGCGCCACGACGAAGCUGUCGGAGCUGCGGUCCUCCUUCCGCUUCCGCCCCAACAGGCCGCAGCGGCCGCGGCCCUCUACAUGCUCUGCACGGUGGCGGGCCCGUCUCCAGCAAAUGAAUCAUCUGCAGCAAUCCCGUCGUUGCGGAUUCCCGUCGCGGCUCCCCUGCUAGCUAGACUGCUAGAGGCUGGUCCUUCACGUGAGCAACCUCUUGCAACAGCUACUCGGCUACGUCUCCGCUCGUCUGUCAACCAUAUGUGCUCGACCAUUCAGCUAUUCCCAAUGAGGCAUCUCUGUGGGUGAUGAAUACAUUUAAUAGCAAAAGGAAAGGAUCAGAUCUGCCAUUAUAAAAUAUUUCCACUACAAACUGCAGAGUACUUGAACAUUUGAUUUCCCUUCUGACAUUGCAAUUACAAAUAGGUUCCUAUACUUCUGCAUAACAAAUAGAAGUACAAAAUGCAUAGCUAUAUUUCUGAAGAUAUCAGUAAAUAAACUAGCAGAGAAAACUUUAUUUCCAAAUUAAAAUUAUACAUGAUUAGGCUUACCAGUUUAUUCAUAGAGCAAAGUGUAACAUGUUGGUGCAUUUUUUAACCUAACUUGAAAUACAUGACACAUGUUCUAUGAUACCCAAAGUUACAUGACUUCUGAUUAGUGGAUCAGAUUGGUAACUGUGUCAUAACAUGUAAUUAAUGGUUUUUUUUCUAAAUUGGUUUCUACUGCAAUCAUUUUAUGCUGUUAAUAAUCAUAGAACUGUAUUGUCAUUUACAUGCUUGGCUGAAAGUUAUGGUAGACAACCUACCAAAUUAAAAUAUUCUCAGAGUAGCAGUCAUAGGGAGACAUGACAUUCAUAAAUUUUUCUAAUAACAUAGGUCUGCGGUUAUAUGGUAUCCCAGAGGCUGUAAAAGAAUCAAAUAUGGAUAUGUGAUAGGGCUGGACUUCAAAAUUAUGAGUAUGAUCUAUUGCAGUCA